AAAAGAAAUCCGAGUUGACAUUUCGCCUAUCCGAGCUGACGCUUUUGGAAAUGAUCAUAUAUUUUUUUUAUUUUGCUAUUGAAAUUUGUGCUUCGAUCUGAAUAUAAACAAAAUUUUUGUGGUUUAGAGUGAAUAUUAUAAAGCUUCCGUAGACGAGAAGCAGACAAAGGAAAAUUUACAACUGCAUGCCGGUAAUGGAAAUCAGCAUUAAGUGGAACGUUUGCCGCAUCUGUCUGGCAGAGGAGCGACGAAAUUAUGCAAAAUAUAAUUUGAUUGAUUCUAAAAUUGCCAAACAAAUUUAUGAUAUUGCUGGGGUGCAGAUGGAUACGAGCGACAACUUACCAGAUAAGAUUUGUCGUAAAUGCUUGCUUUUGCUAAAAUAUGCUUGCCACUUUAGUACAACCUGCCGAAAUUCGGACGAAUAUUUGCAUUCAGUUAUUCAAAAAACAAAAUCUGCUACAUCUAUGCUAAAAAUGGAUAAACGUAGGGAGCGUUCUGUGGAGUUACUGGAAGAAAUGUUUAACGAAGAUGCUGAGGUGAUUUCGCCAAAUGAAGGAGACGAAGAGCAGCGGGAAUCAGCAACUGUGGUACAAUUAAACAAAAAUGAUAUUAAAUUGGCAAGUUCCACAGAAUCACCGGAAAAAAUUGGUGAUUGCGAAAAUGAUGAUAGAGUAUAUCAAACUCAAUUGCUGAGGACUAUUCCAAGCACAUCCACAGUUUUAAGAAUACAGCAAUCUAAUAGUACGUUCGGCGUCGCAAGUACUACUACAAGCUAUGUGAUAACCAAAGAGGAUAACAAAAAAGUUGGUAAUAAUUCUGUGACGACAUCAAAUAAGAAAUAUAACAAAAUCCACAAAGAAGAAAAAAAUUAUGACCAUGACUACAUAGACCAAGAAUUCGAUGAAAAUGAAUUAGAUGAUUUCGACGACAGCAAAGCAAGUUAUAAAAGACGGCCUUUACGAAUAGGUAAAUCCAUUUCUGAAUGCAGCAUGGAUGAUUUGGGUUAUAUUGAUGGCAACGAAGAGAAACAAACCGACGCUCUGAAUAUUAUCAACGAUCACAAUGAAUGCAGUUCAAUUAAUGCUGAUAAUAAUAAAAUAGAUGAGGCAGAUAGCGCAGGUGACUGCGAUAUAAAGUUUGAAAAAGAGAAGCUAUCAUCUAACAGUGAGGAUGAACAUGUACAGGAAACAGAUGAACUGUUUUAUAUCAUCGACGAGCCUGUUAUUAAGGAGGAGGAGUCUUCAAAUCUGCAAAGUGAAGAUGUUGAUGUUGAUGCUGAUGCUGAAGCGGAUGAUAACAUACAAUUCAUCGGUUUAGCUGGAACAGAUGCUUGUGAAUACGCAGAAGAACCAGUUUAUGACAACUGUGAAAUAAACAGAUCUAUGGUGCAGUUAGAAGAAUACCUGAUAGAUGAAAGUGAUAGCGAACCUAUUGUUCAGCAAGAAUUGGAUCAAACAGGAGAACAAACAACGGAAGAAUCUAGCAGUACGACUAUUAAAGCCAGGGAUCGAGAACAUCGUGGCUCGCCGCAUAGUCGAAGAAAAGGCAAUGAUUCUUAUAUGUUUUCCUGUGAAAUUUGUGGAAAUCAUUUCACCAGCCGUAGCCUUAGAAAUUAUCAUAUGCGUAUACACCGUAAAGAAAAAAAUUUCGAAUGCGAAUUGUGUUUCAAGCGGUUUACGGCGGCAUGUAACUUGACAGCGCACAUGCGUAUUCACACUGGAGAAAAACCAUACGAAUGCAAAUUUUGUUUACGAAGAUUUACGGAUCGUAGUACGCAUGUGAAGCAUGAACGAGUGCACACUAAUGAAAAACCCUUUCAAUGCAACACAUGUGGCAAAUCAUUUGCCCUGUCCACCACGCUUCGCACACAUGAAAAGGUGCAUACAAACGAAAAACCCUUCAAGUGUGAACCUUGCAACAAAUCAUUCAAACUACCUCACCAGCUUAAAUCUCAUCUGCAUACAAAUCAACAUAAAAGCAUUGUUAUGACCAACGAAUUGAAAAACUCUGAGUGUGAAAAAUGCAAUUGAAUAAAAAAAAAACUUAGCUAUAGCCUAGUGUGUAGUGAGAUUUCCUUCAU